GUUUAUCCGUUCGUCUUUGCCUAUGGUUUCUGUGUGCACUGUUGUUGUUUGAUGAAAUGGAUUGCUGCGCCUAGUUUUUGUGAUGGGACUUAUUUCCCUGCCUUUUCUCCUUCUCCCGAUGUGGGAUCCUAUACAGUAGCAUGGGAGAUGCCGAAGACGAAGAUGCAAGAGUCCAGCCUGGCCAUAGCAUCGCGGACAGCUUGGGCAUCAUCAGAUGCCAAGAAGACUCUCAACCCGUUAAGCCAACAGCUGGAAUUGCUGCAGGCGAGAUGCGUGGCCCUGCCUCUGAGCUGCCAAGCCAGUUUUUAUUUCUUCGAGCCCUGCAAAAAUAUUCCGAGGACUGUCUGAAUUCUGAUCAUAGAACCAAAGCUGACCCAUCGUCAGGGCCUCGUCUCAUAACGUGCAGAAAAUAUAAUUACCUUAGGCCAGGCUAUGACCAAAGAAUCCAUGAGCUUAGAGACUUUUAUCCAGAUCUGGAAAAUGAUGAUUUGUUUGUCCGUAAGACUGGCGCCUCCCACGCGAAUCCAGUCGUUCUCCAAGAUUUUGAGUAUUUCAGGAGGUCUUGUCAACAAAGGCCUCGUGUCGAAGGAGAAAUUGUUCUCCAGCCCAGAGAUGGGGAAGAUGAAAUAAUUCCAAAUUUAGAAAAAGAUGACCUCACCGUUCGCAAAGCUCAACUGCAAAAAAAGGAAGUGCCUUUAUCUGGGGGCCCCGACAAAUACCAGCCUGCUCUUUUCCCGGAUCCUUGGACUCUGCCCCCCGAAAUUCAGGCCAAAUUUCUAUGCUUGCUGGAGAAGUCCACCCUGAAGAGUGAGUGUGAGCGGAGGGGAAAAGUCUUAUCUCCUUCUUCAAGGCAAAAGAAGGAUGAUAUGUUGACUCGGAAAAUGGAGCUGCUCAGCCUAGGAGGUGGUGUGCAAUCCAAGAGCUUCUGCCCAGGAACAUGUAGCAAGGAAGAUAUGGAAAAAUGGGAAGCCAUCCGAGAGGCCAGCAAAACCAGGCAUAAGAAACGGCAAAUGGUUGAAAGGUCAGCUCACCGCCAUGCAUGGAUCUUGCUUGUAUCUGAAUAUUUGGAAAUAGUGCUUGGAAGUGAACCGUGGUGUUUGUUUUUCAACAAAGCAUGUCUUGGUGUGGCGUUUAAGCUCAGUGUUCAUGUCUUAUCUCCAUAAGUUCUGUUGUUGCUCAUUCAACUGCUCGCAAUCCAUCCGUCAGAAGUGACAGAUCUAUUUGUAGAUUGUGUUUGUUGUUUUGGAGUGGUGUGGUGGCCUAGAGGCGGAGCUCUCGCCUCACAGUCCAGGAGGCUGUGAGUUCAA